GCGGCGUCGAGCGCGAACGAGCGCCGUGAGGGACAGACGAUGUUCUCCAAACUGACCUUCGGCGAGCACGCCACCGAGAACGCUCGAAAAUUCAUGAGAGAUGGGGCCCACCCCAGUGUGCAUGACAUAGCUUUUGUCGACGCCGCGACCGUCGUGACCGCUGGCAUGGACGGUAAAUGCCGGGUCUGGGACGCGCGCACCGGACGGGAGUGGGAAUUUACCCAUGUAGCGGGAAUGUGGGACGCCGAUGGGACGCCGAUCAUGUCGGUGACCGUCGCGCCCAGGCGCGGGAUCGUCGCCCACUGCGGGUUCGACGGCUGCUUGCGCGGCUUUGAUUUCCGAAGGUCGGGUCACGUCGCUGUCGCCGACGAUGUUGCAGGAGCCGAAGUCUGCUGCGCGUUCUCGCCGGACGAACGAUUGGUCGCGUGCGGGCUCUACGAGGGUUUGAUUCGCGUGCGCGUGGUGAGGAAGCUCCUUGACGCUCCUGGAGCCGAGGAAAAUCUCUUCGAAGGCGAGGAGGUGUAUAGUACCGACGAGGACUCCGAGUCCGACGAGGACUACUGGAGCGACCGACCGAUGUACUGCGAGCUCACUACUCACGCGGGGAGCGAGCGGUACGAAGGUUCGAAGACGGGUGCCUGCCUGAGUGGGCGCGCCCUCGCGUGGAUCGACUCCGCGACGCUUGUCACGGCCGGACGCGACGUGACGGCCGUGUGGGAUCUAGACACGUUCAAGGUCGUUGAAUUACGCGAAGUCAACUCGAACUUUGUUCAGCCCGAGAUCGCGGUCAGCCCGGCGGCCAGCCCGGAUGCGCCAAUCAUCGCCUUCUGUUCCGACCGCGGGGCCUGGCUGUACCGCCUCGUGCGAGACGACGAGGGCCUACUCGCGUGCAGCGGCGGCACGACGGAGGCGUGCAAGACGGUACUACACGAAGUGAAUAUUUGCCUGUCGCCGACGUUCACCCCGGACGGCCUCAACGUCGCUCUCAUCGAAACGAGCAGGUUUCAGGGUCACACGACCUCGUCAGGCGCCGCGGUCACGCUCUAUUCUGUUCGGUCGGGCACUCUGGAGCAUGUCAUCGACGCUCACUCAAUCAUCGCUCCUGGCUCGUCCCACUGGCUCUCCUGCCUUGCCAUCUCGCUGGACGGCCGGCGGAUCGCCGUAGCGGACCGCGACGGAUUUGCUUAUUCAUGGGACAUGGACACGCCGAAAUCCGUCCUCGUUAAGAUAUUGCUGUUGCGGACGAGGCCUUCGUCUUCGCCUGCCGACGGCUUCGCACGGGCCGCGGGCCGCGCGCUUCGAGUGGAGCCGCGUGUCACCAUCGCGGACGAGGCCUUCGCCUGGGCCGACUCGGGCCGCGCGAACUGUAUCCUCUUCCGCCUCGUCGAUUCCGGUCACGUCGACAUCGCGUCGUACGCACUGAAGUUUCUCACUUAG